AUGGCAGCUGAAAACGUUAGUAAGUCUGGAAUAAACUUUGAAUUGAGCUACAGCAAUUCGUUAGGUGCCAUAAUCUGCAUCCUUGGAGUAAUUUCAAACAUGUUACUUCUUGUUGCUUUCAUAAAAGAUCCUUUAAAAUACUUCAGGAAUUCAUCGACAUAUCUUGUGAUGAACCUUGCAGUUUGUGAUUGUGCAACGUGUCUGCUCGGUCCGGUGUUUCAUAUCAGCGUUUUUACAACCGAUUAUUCGUCUGGCUGGCGAUUGAUUUAUGCCUACGUUGCCUAUUGGUUCGGGAUGGCAUCGAUUCUAUCAAUAACAUCAAUAUCAAUCGACCGUUUCCUAAUGAUAGCUUAUCCGAUAAAACAUCGCAUUUUGGUGAAGGGAAAAGCCAUGAUCCUAUGGCUCACUAGCAUUUGGAUUGUCAGUUUAUGUGCUGUUGGAGCGGAUUUCGUUUUUGGCAAUCGUAAAAGAAGCGAGGAAGUCAUCCUCCACAGUUUUGGCGCCACUAUCGUCGUAUUCUCUUCUGUCUUCUACGUUUCUACUUGUUACAAGUUAAAGCAACAGUCGAGGAGCAUUGCUUUACAAAAUUCAACCGAAAGCCGCGCACAAGAGAUAAGAAUCCUUAAAGAAAAGCGUUUUUUAAACACAAUUAUUAUCAUAGCGUGUAUUACAUUUCUUUGCAUUCUACCGUCAAUAAUAAUUUUAAAGUUGCAUGGGACGGACUACGUCCUAGGAGCAACAUUUAUGGCAAUUUUCUACAUCAAUUAUGCCGUAAAUCCUUUGAUUUAUAUUGCACGUUUUCCAAACUAUCGGAAAACAUUUCAUCAGCUUUAUUGCCUCCGAAGAUCUCGACCUUGA